UCAGCGCCCCAGCUUGUCUCUCGCUGUCCCCAAUCUCGACCUUUUGGCUUGAACCCCUUUCGCGAGCUGCUGUCCCGCAGCGACCAAUUUGCCGAGCUCUUCUCGCCCUCAGUGCAGCAACACCGGUCUAUUCUCGAAUCCUCACGCAACCACAUUCGAACGCCUUGCCCCUGAGCAAAACCACAACGCGACCUCUUCGCCCUGCUUCUUCCCGACAGUCGACCGCAACGACUCGUGCUCCAGUGCUGAGGCCACUACAGGAGCGAAUUGCUGGCAACAUUGCUCGCGACUGAUAAAGCUUUCGCCCUGGACAACCCAGACUGAUCAAUUCUUUACAACGCUGCGGCAGCCCGGAAUCGAGCAUUCACAGCCCAUGGAAGCAGAAUAACGCCGACACCACGUCCCGAUCACGACAUUCGCACAUCUCUCCACCCAAACUUCGAUAUGAACCGUCUCAGGGGUCGGAAGAAGGCCAAGGACGAGGCCCCGCCUCGUCCCUCGGUCGAGUCAGAAUCCUCUGGCCCUUUCAAAAUGUUCGGUCGCUCCAAGAAACCAGUCGAAGAAAAUACGCCACAGGUCGACCUAGCCAGUGCCCUCCCACCAACCGACGACUUUCGUACCAGUCUGCUCAUGACGGGCCUUUCAGCUCGGUUCUCCAUGCUGCGUGAACAAGACGACCCGUCUAGUAAGCUCGGAAAAGCGAGCGAUGAUAGCGUGCUGCAGCCCAAGCGACAAUCGAGGAUGGACUUUGGCCUGAGCACCGGUCUUGACGACAUUGCCGAAGACAGCUCGUUCCGCAGCCCCCCUUUUGCUCGAAUGGACUCCUACCAGUCAGACGACGCGGCUUCCUUGUCUGGCAGCAUCAUGAACCGCGCGAAGCCCACGGAGGGAAACAACUUGUUCGGCGGGCGACAAAAGAUAUAUAAAAUCUCGGCAACGGGGGGCAACGGGCGAACACUCUACGAUGACGACGUGGCACAGUCGUCGUUUCAGCGUUGGAGACAGACAGAGAAGGAGCGCAACUCGUUAGAGAACGAGCGCGCAGGGGACACACAGGAAUCCGGCUCCCUACGACCAGAUUCGCCUCAGGACUUCAGCCGACGCAGGGAGACCAGCUCAACAAUGUCCUCGAUUCCCUCAGCCGCCCGCGACUCGACAGCUGCCACAUCGAUCGCCUCUCAGCCCGCAUCGUCUGCCAAAGACUGGCAGGCCUCGUCAGCAACACCCACAGGCCUUCCCGAACGCAGCGUGACUCGGACUAGGCGACUUUAUGAGCAGAGUCUGGCAGAGGGGAUGCAAGAUCAGCAGUCCUCGGCACUGUCGCGCAUUGACACACUGUCAAAGGGCCGCUUCAGCCCGCGAACUCCCGACCUUGCUAGCAAUGCUUCAUCGCCUUCAGGCUUCACGGCUUUUGAUCGCAACAGCGACCGACGACCCAUGAUUUCGAAGGCCAGUGCCCCCAAUCUCCGGUCUUUCAGCCCACCAAACUCGGUCUCCGCGCACCCUUCGCCUGCCGAGAGCACAUCACGUUUCCCGACCAUUGACGCCAAAACAACAGCUGCUUCGCCACCCCUGAGUCCCCCUAUCAGUGAGACGGAGGAGCACCCAACUCUGUCCAUUGGCGCUAAUGACCGGGGGAAGGCUACUGCUCUAGGCUUCCUCAACCGACCCGCAGGCCAAUAUGACGAGAACCGCUACGCCCAGCGCCAGCGCCAGCUCCAGCAGGGUCGCGAGACGCCCACCUCUCGGCAUAGGACCGAAUCUACCGGCUCGCAGCCCACCAGUCGUUCUCGCUCGUCGUCGUCAGUGAACCGCUCCCACGUCGAACAAAGCGACUCGGCUGCCAAGCCCAGGCUCACGAUCCGCGAGGAGGUUUCCUCGCCGACCUUCCUCAAUGUUGGUGACGACGAUGAUGAUGUGCCAGCACCCACCCGGCCCGCUCCUGGAUUCCAGCAGAAUACGCCUCAGGUGAAGGUGGAACGCCCAGCGGACCAGGAUCACCCUGCUUUCCGCCAGUCCCCAGUUCCAACCCCUCUGACGAUAUCAAGGAGGACCUCUGUCGAAGCCCUCAACAAGCCCGAUGAUUCACCCGAGGACUCUCCGACAUUGGGCCCUGGUCCAGCGGGCCUGAGCGGCAUGGUCCGACAACACCUGCGAAACGUCAGCACUGCGUCGUCAGUCUACGACAACCGCCCGCAAGAUGAUGAUGAUGCCGCGGUUGCGCAAGCCCAGGACAGCCGGAACACUCACAGCGCCAUUGAUCUGGCGGUUGACUCAAACCCCUGGGGCUCGGAUAGCAACCAGUGGGAGCAGGCAGAAGAGCCUAGCCAGGCUCCGAAGCAGGACACUCCCGCGUCGCACCCAGUCGCAGACGAGGAGCUCACGCGAGGUCGGAACUCUGAGGCGGUCGGCAAAGGCCGAGAGACCGACGAGUUUGCGCGCAACCUUGCUGACGGCGCCAAGAGGGUUCGCGAACGAUUGACCACCUACGUCGAAUCCGAUCACAGCCGAUCCACGUCUCCUGUGGCAUCGCCCGUGGACAACUCGGAUCUUCCUCCCCCUCGGACUGGCGCAUUCAGUGCCUUACGCUCCAAGUCGAGGGGAUCGGUCCGUGAGCCGAAUGGAGAGCGUGAGCGAAGUCGCUCCGCGGCUCGCAAGGUGCUGGGCUUGGGAUCAUCCAGCUCGCACGCGCCAAUGCCCACCAGGCCGUCGGUUGACGACGGUCCACGUCGAGAGGAAUCGUAUGGGUCAUCCGGAGAAAAGUCGCCAACUGACAAGGACGAGGGCGCCCACGCAGGCCUGAAGGCUUUCCGACAGGCCCGCCGCGAAUUGCAGAGGAUGAAGGAGCUCGAAACGAAGCAGCGACGCCAGGCCGCACCGACACAUGCGCCCCCGCCUCCUCCCCCGGCGAUGCGAUCGUCUCUGCCUUCUCAGGACCGGGGGCCCCCUCCCGUCACCUACAACCGUGCCCCCAGUGGUGACGGCGACUCGCGGCCUGGUUCAGUUGGUGCAUCCGAGCGUGAUCGAAGUGGCUCCGAGGCCAGCAACACUGGUGGUGCCUCUGCUUAUCGCCCUCGUCUGCGAACUACCUCGUCAGCUUACGACGAGUCCCGCGCACCUAGUGACAUGAGGAGCCCUCAGGGCACGUCACCUUACUCAAGAUCACACUUGCCAAUGGCAUCGUCCACGCCAAACCUGGCACUGGGGAGCACUGGCGCACCUCCGCCCCUACCUCCCAUCAAUCCUCGUCGGAAGGGCAUGGGAAGCCCGCUCCCCCACGAUGAGAGUGGCACGAAGACCCCCAUGAGCCCCGGCGGUCAGGGACGGUCAUCAUCUCGGACCAGGAUGGUGUCCGACGACGACAUGGGACCGGGACAGUUCAGGCAGCGCCUGCGCAAGGUUCCCAGCGAAGCGAAUGGCGUGGCGGCCCCUUCGUACCGAAACCGCACAAGCCCUUCCUACGAGAAUGGGCCGCGGAUGCCAUCGCAGCCACGCACGGCUAGCAGCAACGCCCCAGGCGGCAUGUUUUGAUCAAAGUCUUCUUUUCUUCUCUGUCAUUUAUUCUUCAUACUGCAUAUUUCUUUCAUCGUCAUCAUCAGGGCACACGAGCAAUGACCAAGAUACCUCUGCACCUUUUCGGAUGCUUCUUGUUGAUCCGGCCGUGAUCACGUUUCUCUACAAUUUUUGGAAAAGAGAAAAAUAAGCGAUAGGUCAUUCCAUUUUCCAUGUUGGCGGUCGCGGAGCGGCUCGUGCAGGCGCGCACGACAGAAGAGAGAGAGAGUCAGGCUGGGCCUCGACUCGUGAGCAUUGUAGCCCAUCAAGGCGAGCUCGUGGUAGCCCGUCAGCAUUGUGGAAGGUGUCUGUGGAGUUUCAGGGCGACGGUUCGAUAU